AUGAUGAGAGCUCAAGAGACGGCCUUUGUCCACUUCUAUGGCUUCCCCAAGGACGACGCUCCUCUCCGAAAAAUGGUAUCACUGAAAGGCAGUCCAACGUACGGACUGACCAAGUGGCUGUUUCGAAGUCUCAAAUUUCUGACCGCUGAUUCUGACACCAGGGUCCGUUCAUCAACACAGUUCUUGGAGAAACUUAAAGAGGUAAGUCUCCUGCAAAGUGAUAGCAUGGUUUCCUUCGAUGUCACUUCCCUUUUUACUUCUAUCCCCCAGGAUCUGGCAGUUGAGAGUGUCGAGCUACUCCUACGAAGCAAAUACAGUGAGACGGAGAACCGCUAA